AUGUCCAGCUCGACAACACCGGUACCACAAACAACGCCCAUACAGACCAUGGAUUCUCCUUUAGUUCCUGACUCGGAUUCAACCCAUUCCUCUGAGGAUGUCGGUUAUGAUACUCGUUCUCUGACUGCCAGUAUUACCGAUUAUCCGACAUUUUGGGGUCGGAGAUAUCAUCGAUACAAAGAAGGCAACUAUCUCUUCCCCAAUGAUGAGAACGAGAAUAACCGGCUCGAUGCUCAACAUGAAAUCUUGAACCGACUACAUGGCCGCUUAUAUUUCGCUCCUCUCAAUCCCCAAAUCGUUCGUACCGUUUUGGACCUAGGCACCGGUACGGGCAUCUGGCCUAUUGAAUUGGCUGAUUCUCAAGCCCUGCCUCACGCCACCAUCACCGGCACUGACCUCUCUGCUGUUCAGCCUCUCGACGUACCGGCCAACGUUCACUUUGAAAUCCAGGAUUGUUCCGAGGAAGAUUGGGUUCGACCCCUAGGGAGUGUGGAUUAUUGCCACAUUCGUUUCAUGUCUGGGUCUCUCACCUCGUACGAAAGCCUGAUCCGAACCGCAAGAAAAUAUCUUCGGCCUGGAACGGGAUGGUUGGAAUGUCAAGAACUUCACCCACAGCCAAUUUCAGAUGAUAACACCAUCCCUGAAAAUUGGGGUCUCAAAAUCUGGGAUGAACACCUCGAAUAUGCCUCAACUCAAUCUCUCUACCCUGCCCGGCCUGUACGAAUUGCGGCUGACAUCAAAACUUGGAUGGCACAAGCGGGCUUUGUUGAUAUUCAUGAACAUAUUUCCAAAAUCCCCUUAGGCCCUUGGCCAAGAGACAAACGACUCAAAGCUAUAGGGGGUUGGUGGUUGGCCAAUUGGCUGUCAGGUCUACCAGGCUUUACCUACAAAUUAUUCAGCACGGAGGGGUUAAACUGGUCUCGUGAAGAAAUUGAAGUCAUGUUGGCCGACGUGAGAAAGGCAGCUGUCAAGAAGGAAGUCCAUUCCUAUCAAAGAUAUUAUGUGGUUUAUGGACGACGACCGUCAAAAGAAGAGGAAGCAAUCCUUCAUAACAUUCGGGAUUGA